UGUUUUGUGGGCAGCAGACCUGUACAGGCUCCAGCCCUGUGUGUCACAGCUACAGAUGCCUGCGCUGCAUGCCCAGACGCCCCGGCCCCCUUCGCCAUCGCUCCAGCCCUGUGUGUCACAACUCCACACCCCUGCGCUGCUGGCCCAGCCUCCUCUACCCCUCGCCAUCACUCCAGCCCUGUGUGUCACAGCUCAAGACCCCUGCGCUGCUGGCCCAGACGCCCCGGCCCCCUUCGCCAUCGCUCCAGUCCUGUCUGUCACAGCUCAAGACCCCUGCGCUGCUGGCCCAGACGCCCCGGCCCCCCUCGCCAUCGCUCCAGCCCUGUGUGUCACAGCUCCAGACGCCUGCGCUGCUGGCCCAGCCUCCUCUGGCCCCCUCGCCAUCACUCCAGCCCUGUGUGUAACAGCUCGAGACGCCUGCGCUGCUGGCCCAGCCUCCUCUGCCCCACGCGCCAGACGCCUGCACCAUGGCCUCCUCCUGCCCUCAGCUCUACCAGCUCCUGGUCCGUCUCAAGUCCAGCCAUCACAGCUGGUAGGCUGUCGGUGAACACGGGAUGCCAAGCAUGGACAAGUUGGACAACCUGGCUGAAUACAUUGUGGAGCUGCACCAUGAAGCCUCCCUGACCCACCCCCUGCAUUUUCAAUACCACUUGUUCUCCCACUCCACCCAAACUGCUCCUCUUGUCUUUUCUCGGCUUACUUUUCCUCUCUGUACAUUCCCCAGACAACAACCAUGGGUACAGUUUUCAUACCUGCCAGACCUAGUGCCACCACUUCAGCCCCCCUGGACCACAGAAGCACCUCUCAAAGGCUAGAUUUAAUAAAAAGGACUGUAGAUAGUAAUUGAUGCAGAAAAUAUGGUCAAUAUCGCACAAAAUAAACUGGACAUAGUCAGUACAAGAGCUUUAUGUAUGGCCCUAAUACUCAAUCCCUUUCAAAGGAGGAGUGGCUGAAAAAAAUGAACAAAACAAAAAGCAGUAACUCUAAAUAUUUCUCUGCUGUACAUUUAUGUAAUGUUGACUGUACAUAUUGUUCAUACUGUUCUGAUGUGUGUGUGGGUGUGUAUGUGUUGACACUAAAUUGUAAAUUUGUAUGUUUAGAUUACUCUGUCGAUCUUGGCCAAGUUUCGUGUGUGUGUGUGUGUGUGUGUGUGUGUGUGUGUGUGUGUGUGUGUGUGUGUGUGUGUGUUAUGUAAAAUUGCAUAUUUGUAUAGGCCCUAAUUGUUUAUGUCACUUCAGAUUAUUCUAUUGAUCUUGGCCAGAUCAGGACUCCUUUGUGUGCAUGUUUUUUUUUACUGACAACUAUUUGGGAAUGGGUCUGGUCGGGGCACAGUUAAACAUUGUUGUUUUCGUUGUCAUAUAACCAUUGAACAUGGCCAACAGUUUGCGUGUUUGGUGUGUUACUUGCAAUAAAAUGAAAAUAUUUCUUCAAAAUGUCUUUUCAUUUAUGAAAAAAUAUUUGUGUAAAAUAUGUUAGUUAACCUCCAUCUAUUCAGGAAGGUAUCCCCUCUCAUUUAUUCAGCAGAGUAAUCAUUAACCAAGAUACCUUAUAAAUAAAUCUAUAGCUUAAUGGCAUAUCAUUUGAAACAUCUAUAGGACUUUCAAAACUUUAUCAUGUGUGAGAUUUUUUUUUAAAUCCAUUGUAUAGCCUUUUUAGUGGCCACAUUAAAUGCAAUAAGCUUAUUUGUCUUUCUGAAAUUUUAUCAGUAAUAUUGCUCAAACCACACUCAGACAAGGGCAAAAAAAAGAAAAAGAAAAAAAAAAGCCCAGUAUUGCACCCCUAGUGGUCUGUAGGUAAAUAACACUCUUGGAUGGGAUUCGACCCAACCACCUUUACAUAUCACUUGAUACUAAAUGUUUGAAAAUGAGUUAAUGCAUUAUGCUAUGAGUGGUAAAUGUGCCAAAAUACAUGUACCUGCUUCUUAUCUUUCUCUUUCUCUUCCUUCCCCCCCUUUUCCUCCUUCUUUUCUUCCUUUUUCUUUCUUCCCCCCUCUUGCUAAACGAGUGUUCCCCUCGCCUAGCGCAGGUGGUAGAGGAGCCGUUCGGCAACCCAAAGGUUGCAGGUUCGAGCCCCACUCGGCCUGACUCCAUCGUUGUGUCCUUGAGCAAGAUACUUAACCCCAAGUUUCUCCUGGUGGCAG